UUCCUCGCGUCCGAUUUAGUUUUCCUCUCGCGGAAGUGAUUUACCGCGCGCGAUAGCAUCAGUUGUAUUCUCGGUUAUUAUUGGCAUUGAUUUGCCGUCAUACAUCAGAAGAGACACACUGGUGUGAGAGAUCAUAUGUGCUUUGAGUGUGAGAAGACUUUUAUUACAACUGAACAUUUGAAACUGCACCAGAGGAUUCACACUGGAGAGAAACCUUACCAGUGUUCACACUGUGACAAGAGAUUCAUUCGGUCAGGAGACCUGAAAUCACACCAGAGGACUCUGGAGAGAAACUGUAUCACUGCUCUGCAUGUGGUGUAUUCCAGAAAGGAGGUUCAACAAACUCAACAAAGAGUUGAGGCGUCUCCCACAGCUUUGCUCAUAGGUAAUAAACUUAUUCUCCAUGGGAAAUGUACUUGAAAAGUCUUGGUUCCCUGCAUCACGAAUCGGGUGAGCUGGAAGUUUCCACAGAGUUGAAAUUUGCUCUGACUAAUGUGCGGUCACCUACAAGCAAACAUUUAAUCUUAAAGGAUUUCUUUGAUUCUCAGAAUUUGAACAUUUUAUUUUUAACAGAGACCUGGUUACAUACUAGUGAUACUAAGUUCACUUUCUGAGUUGCUAACAUCUAACAGUGU